AAACAGACGAUCACUGCAACUGAUAACAGCUUCGCCAAUCCGACAACUCAGAUGUCGAAUUCGACAAAUCCCCAAAACCAAACCCUGGACCUCCAACCUUCGCAUAGCGGUUACCAAACUCAACAAUGGGAAUCAAUGGCUCGAGCAUGGCUCUCGACGCUCCCCGAGGACAAGACUGUGGCCCCAAACGAAGUCGAAACUUGGCUCCAAUCGAACCAAACUUCUAUACCAGACGAAGUCAGAUCAAUGCCUCGAUCUCAGCUCUACGAACGGUUGAAUUCGAUUCAGAAUAGCAUAGCUCCAUCCACCGAGGAAAAGCCUGCAAAUCAAGUUGAUCCUUCACAAGCUCGAUUUCAACGCACUGAUCAAUGGAUGCCAGUUUAUGCCUGGUUAGAAUCAUUAGAUUCAGAUGAGGUAAUUAAGUCGAAAGAUAUUCUAGACUGGCUUUCUGAGAACCCAGAGGUCAAAGAAAGUUUGUACUCAAAGCACUCCCGUUAUCAUUUGAUGCACUAUAUCAAAAAGUGCCAUGUGAAGAUACUGAAGAGGAAGGAGAGGAAGAAGGGAUUGCAGGUCACCAACAAAGAAAAUUCUCCAAAGGUUAACAAAAGCGGGGGCACGAAACCACCAGUGCCGCUUCCAUUCGACAGUUUAAGCAAUCUACCUAAAGACAGUGAUGUAUACUUGGCAAAAAGAAGUGAAGCUCUGCAGAAAUUCGAGAUUUUAGUAGAAUUGGAGAAACAUCUUUCUGCGGCAUUUCCAAAGCAGCAUGAAAACGCACUGUGUCUGAAGGACUCGUGAUUUAGCAAAUAUUCAUGUCGAGAUAGAUAUGGAAGGUAGCAUAGGUGGUGUUAUCGCAGUUUUACUGGUUAUGAGCCUCUGUAAUUAACCUUAACACUCUUGGUGAAAAAUGAGUUUGAUGCUUAUCAUCGGUGACCCCGGAAUCAUGGUAAACGAAAUAUUUUCUUGUGGGGGUCUCUCCCUACUCUGAUUCACUAUCAGAGCACUUGGGUUCAGAGUUGCCAUGAAGGGGUUGUUCGUUCAUGUUUUGUUUCAUUCGGUUACGCCUUAAUUAGGUCAAGCUAUGACUAAAUCAUUUCCAAGUAUACUGCUGUUCAGGUCAAGAUUACGAU